AUGUGGGCCCCGGUCGCAGAAGAGAACGGCCCCAGGCGCCCCCGCCCCUCGCUGCUGAGCCUGCCGCAGCCCCCGCCCGCGCCGCCGCCGAGUCCGCUGAGCGGGGAGGGCCCUCCCCCUCCGCCUUAUCAACCCGGGGCGCCGGAGGGUGGGGGGGAGCCGCUCCGCGGCUGGCCAAUUAGAGCGUACCACGCCAAAUAUACAGCCAAUAGGAAGCCUGGAAGGGAGGGGCCUGCAGCUAUUCCCGCCAAUCGUGGCUUUCCAUGUGAGGUUUCCUGCGGACGGAGCGUGGCCGGCGCCGAUUGGCCGGGCGGAGAGGCGCUUGGCCAAUCGCUUCCGCGGAGGGGAUUACCCGGCAUGGACUCUCCUGAUGAUUUAAGGAAUAACCCGUUAACGGUUAACGCUGAGCCCAGGUGGGCCACAGCCGCUGCGGGCUGGUCCUGGAGCGAUAAGGACACUCCGCAUGGGAGGCCAGCUCCGACUGCUUCCGGGGGCACCCUGGAUGUUUACCAUGGAUACGGUUGCUAUGACAACGGGCGCUUCCGGUCGCGGCGCCCCGCCGCACCUCCGGGGCACCCACAGCUGGCUACUGCUGGAGACAAGAUACCGGCCUGAUCUGAGGUGGCCGUUCUUAGGAACUACAUGUGUUUUAUGCAAGCUUGAAUAAUUGCAGUGCCUAGGGGCCUGAAUGCGGUGGGUCUGGAACAUGGUCAGACCCAGAUCCACAGGGAGCCUUGGGCACUAUAAUGUCCCGUCAAAUCAAUCCUUCAUCAUUCAUCACAAGAAGUGGAACAAAUGCAAUGAAACAUGUUGCAAGUUACCUGUAUGCUUUCAACCUUUUCUUCCUUUUCCCUGCCAUUUUUAGAUAACCGUUCAGGGUGGUGAGAGAUAUUAGGGUGAAUAACCUAGAGAACAAAUUGAACAGAAGUUUCUCUCAGCUUGGGUUAAUAUUUUAAUCACUGGGUCACUGGAUAGAAAUAUGAUGAAUACCAGUUGGUUUUGAAGGAAGGCAGCAGUCUCCACCUUUUUUUGAAACUUGAUUUACUAACUGUGCUCUGGGCUUCCUUCCUGGACCAAAAUCACUCUGUCAUGAAAGAUGGAGGGAAGUUUGUUUUGUAAAGAUCAGGAACGAGCUAGGUUCAUCAUUACUUGACACAAUAAGCAUCUGCACUACCAGAAAAAAGACUUUCAGUUCUUGGGAAACUUCAGAAUGAAAACUGUGAUGCUGACAGAGCUCAGGUGGUUUCAAGGCUAGGUAACUGCUGGAGAAGGAUUUUGAAAACAGUAAUUUUGGACCCAUAUGUCUGAGGAGGGAACCAGAGAUGAGUAACAACUUUUUGUGAAUCUAAAGUUCAGGAAUUUCCAGAAGGUCCAAAGCAUCUCGUAGGAACUUGGUGUGAAAUGCCUAACUUUUCAGACACUACACUUGCUGGAGACACACUGAUCUGCAAGUCCUAGGAGUCUGAUGAAAGAUUCACUGCUGUUAGGCACGCUACACACAUGGUCAGAGCUAGUAUUUAAACAUCUAAAGAACUGGGGUUUAAGCUGUUCCUUCAGCAAGCACUUUUGAUAUAAAGGUUUCUUUCAACAUUAAGACUGUUCACAACACCAUUAAAAUCACAUUAGGAAAAAUUCUUCAUCUGUAUAUUUUGCCAUUUUAUAGUUGUAAUAACCUUUUUACAAAAUGUUAAAUACUGACUUAAACUUUAGUGUCAUACUUCUGGUAUUUUUAUUUUUUAUUUCUGCUCUGCUGUAAGUUUGGAAGAUAGUGUUUGUUCUUCAGGUAUUAUUUGACCUUUCUUCCCAUUCCUUCUGACACUCAUGAGUGUGCCGCAGCUGGCGCUGUUAGUGAACUAAGUCGGUCAGCUGUGGGGUUUCCCCACCGUCAAGUAUUUUUGAAGUCUACAGGGUGUCCCUUGAAGCUUAAUGCUCUGUAUUCUCACAUUAGAGCAACUGGCAGAAGGGAGUGGGCUCUAAGGAGCCUAGCAUAAAGGGCAAAAUCUUUGAAGGUGAAGAAUUGUAACUAGAAGAAUCUUUGUACAGAUAAAAUAACCAUGGUUUUGGUCAUUGUAAAAACAUCCCUGACUCUUCAAAUACUAACAUCUCUGUAAGUUUCAGUAUCACUGGAAAUCUAGACCUGCAGCAACAUAUUUCUGUGGCUAAGAAUAAAAAAACAUAUCACAGCGAAUAUCACUCUUCUCAAAACAGCUAAGCAUUAUUCUGAUCUGUAUUUACUGUUUACCAUGGCUGAAGAAAGUCUUAGCUUGCAGUGGCUGGCCACAGCAAGUAUGCAAGCUGUGGCAUUCCCCACAAGCUCCUUUUGGUUUCACAGCAGCUUCUGCCUGGUGGUGCAUGGUUGGAUUUAGAGGGUCAACUCCAGUAGAGCAUGCAUUUCAAUUAAAAAUCGAGGAAACCAGUCACGUCUUUGAAGUUCAGCACAUGCUCCCGUGCUAUGCUGGGCUGAAGUGUUAGCAUAGAGAAAAGCUAAAAUGGUCA